AUGGAUAAAAAAUCUGAGUCAUGGAAUCGAACACGUACAACUUCACCAACUUCAACUUUCCGUUCACAACCUUACCAGGGUGGUUCUAGUUCAUCCUUUCGAGACGACAAUUAUGCCAGUAUAAUUGAGGGUUUAAAAAAAAUCUAUAGUAAUAAAAUCAAACCAAUAGAAACUACUUAUAAUUUUGAAGGUUUUCAUUCGCCACCUUUGACUGAUAGUGACAUUGAAGCCAAACCAAUUGUCCUUUUGAUAGGACAAUACUCAACAGGAAAAACCACCUUUAUUAAAUAUUUAUUAGAUAGAGAAUAUCCCGGAAGCCAUGUCGGCGUAGAGCCAACAACGGAUCGAUUCGUCGCAGUUAUGAAUGGUGUUGAAGAUCGAGCCAUCCCAGGUAAUGCUGCAGCUGUUUCACAACUUCCUUCUCAUGUAUUGGAGAAUAUGACCAUCAUUGACACUCCCGGGAUUCUCUCCGGUGAUAAACAACGAAUCGAUCGUGGUUAUGACUUUACGUCCGUCAUUGAGUGGUUUGCAGAGCGAGCUGAUCUGAUAUUGUUACUUUUCGAUUCUCAUAAAUUAGAUAUUUCUAAUGAGUUCAGAAUGGCAAUUCAUUCAUUGAGGGGUCAAGAAGAGAAAGUUAGAGUUUUACUAAACAAAACAGAUAUGGUAGAUGGACAACAAUUAAUGCGGGUCUACGGAGCACUUAUGUGGUCAUUAGGUAGAGUUGUUCAAACACCUGAAGUAAUGAGAGUAUUCCUUGGCUCAUUUUGGCUUGAGAAACCUUUAAAUGUAUUUGAGGAUUGUCGAACACUAAUUGAAUCAGAGCAAAAGGAUUUGCUUGAUAGUUUACGUGAACUGCCUCGUAAUGCUACAGUUAGAAAAAUAAACGAAAUUGUCAAAAGAGCUAGGUUAGCAAAGGUGCAUGCUUAUAUAAUUGGACAUUUGAAAAAGGAAAUGCCCGCAAUGUUUGGUAAACAGUCUAAACAGAAUGAACUCAUUAGUGGAUUAGAUAAAGAAUUUAUAAAGGUACAACAACGUUAUCAAUUAGCUCCUGGAGAUUUCCCAAACGUGGAAAAGUUUAAACGAGGUUUAGGAAUUUAUAAAUUCGAGAAGUUCCAUAGUUUGAAGCCUCAAAUACUGGAAAAAGUGGAAGAUGCACUUUCUACUGAUCUACCAAAAUUAAUUACAAAAUUACCUGCAGGAAAUAGAAUGUUGUCUCCUGCUGAACGUAAUCCGUUCGGAAGUUCUGAAUCAAAUUAUUAUGAUCGUUCAGAACUUCCUCCUGGUUAUUGGGAAUUUUCUUCGGUUGAUAAAGCUUCGGUCAUGUCACAAUUCAACUCUUUGCGUCCGAUUGAUGGUAAAGUUCCCGGUUCUUCUAUCAGACCUGUUUUGAUAAAGACGGGAUUAUCACAGGAUCUACUUGCAAAAGUUUGGGGAUUAGCUGACUGGGAUAGCGAUGGAUAUAUGGAUUCAGACCAAUUUUCUGUAGCUAUGCAUCUUUGCAAAGGUGUUUUAUCUGGUGGUGAAUUGCCAGACGAAUUACCAAAAGCAAUGAUUCCCAACCGAAAGGUUUAA